CCCCAGCGGGCCGGUUUGGGGGGGGGGUCCCCGCUUCAGGGUUGGCGGAGAGGGUUAAACAGGAGUUCCGGGCUCAGCUGUCCCAGAGACCGGAUUUCUCCUCCAGUCUCUCCUGUUCAGAGGACGCUCUAUGGAACCAGAGGCUUUAGAGGUGCGAGAGACCCCUUGGCCAGUGUGGCCCGCAAAGGUGAUUUCUCCCCUGGAAAAGUCACAUCGAGGAUGUUUUGGAAGCAGAUGCCGGUCAAGAUGCUGUGGCGCAUUGUGGGUGGCCCGGCGCGGACCCUGACCUGCAGCAGCCAGGCCGCCAUCCUGCCACCUGUCCUGCCAGCCCGAUCUCUCAGCAGCUCCCCUGUGCAGACCCCAGCAGAUGCCCAUUUGCACUCUGCCUCUCCCUUGGAAACUGGCCCUCCCCGGGUCUUGAUUACAGGGGGUCUCGGCCAGCUGGGAAUGGGCCUGGCUAACCUUUUGCGGAAGCGAUUCGGGAAGGACAAUGUGAUUUUGUCGGACAUAAAGAAACCCCCCAGCCACGUCUUCUGUAGUGGCCCAUUUGUGUUCGCUGACAUCUUGGACCGCCAGAACCUCCGGGAGGUCGUGGUGAACAACCGCGUCACUUGGCUGCUCCACUACAGCGCUCUGCUUAGCGCCGUGGGCGAGGCGAACGUGUCCCUGGCCAGAGCCGUGAACAUCGCCGGGUUGCACAACGUUCUGGACAUCGCUGCGGAACACAGACUGCGACUGUUUGUUCCCAGCACGAUUGGGGCUUUUGGGCCGACCUCUCCCCGGAACCGAACCCCUGACCUCAGCAUCCAGAGACCCAGGACCAUCUAUGGGGUGUCCAAGGUCCACGCGGAGCUCAUGGGGGAGUAUUACUGUCACCGGUAUGGACUCGAUUUCCGAUGCCUGAGAUACCCCGGAGUCAUUUCCGCCGACUCCCAGCCUGGGGGAGGAACAACAGACUACGCCAUCCAGAUUUUCCACGACGCUGUGAAGACCGGCAAGUUUGAGUGCAACCUGAGACCCAGCACCAGGCUUCCAAUGAUGUAUGUGGAUGACUGUCUCCGGGCCACCCUGGAGGUCAUGGAGGCCCCGGCCGAGUCCUUGUCCAUGCGGACCUACAAUGUCACCGCCAUGAGCUUCACCCCCGAGGCGCUGGCCCAGGAGAUUGCCAAGCACGUGCCCGAGUUCCGCAUCACAUACUGCGUGGACCCCGUCAGGCAGGCCAUAGCCGACAGCUGGCCCAUGAGCUUGGACGACAGCACGGCACGGAAGGACUGGGGGUGGAAGCACGACUUUGAUCUUCCGGAGUUGGUAACAACGAUGCUGAACUUGCACGGCUGUGACACCAGAGUUGCCCAAGCCAACUGAAGGCGUCAGAGGAGCCGCUCCCAGGUCCUGCGGGGCCAGGACAACGUCUGGCUCAGUUCUCAGCCCCAGCCCACCUGCAGAGGAGCUGCCCCAGACCUUCUGACCGGACUGCUGUGUGGACUCUCAGAUCAAUGCUCAGCUACCUCCCGAAGCCACCUGCCUGGGGCACUUCAUGCCCCACCCAUCAGCUGUGGCCACACAUGAUCAUGGCCACGGUGGAUUCAAAGGCAUUAUAU